AGUCAGUAAUUUGAAUCGUGGUUGCUUCGCCGAAACUCUACACACUGCUUUUUGUUGCUUGGGUUACACUCCGCCAGCUGUCAAACCGGCUCAGCUGACAAAUGUAAACAAAUCCAGAAGAUCACCUGUUGGGAAUGUUUUACCAAAAACAACCGAAAACAUUCGAUAAUUGUAAUUGUGUGAAAUUGUAUGUGUGUGAUUAAUUUAUAUUAAUGUUUUAUUGCGUUUGUGCAUCACAAUGACGGACUUUUGUGAACUUACACUGGAAACAAAAGGGUUUUACGGAGUGGACUUUUCCAAGCAGUUGGAUCAAAUUACGUGCCUUGUGUUCGAUAUGGAGUGCCUUUGGAUGGAAGUGGUCCCGAUGGCGACGCUAAUCAAGCGUCAAAAAGAACAAAAUCCAAAUCUGGACUGUACCGAAACAUUGAUCGACCAAACACUGCUUGCCGGCUGCAAUCCGAACUAUAGUGCGAAUGUUGACGAAGACCGUGUACACUUUGCUGCCAAAUACUAUCUAGACAACUAUCCAAUCACGUUUCAAUUUGUCCUAAUCCGAGCUGAGGCACAAGAAGUUUCCCGUCAUUACAUCAAACCGCUCUGGCGCACAUUGCUACGACAAGAAGCAGAAAUUCGAGCACUUGCGGAAGAAUUAAAACGAAAAGAUGCUGAAAUUGCACAAUAUCAAGCGGAAGGGGCCCGGCUAAACCGAACCACCGUACAAACGGACCCUUUUGAUGAGCGGAAAUUUCGGCAGGAGUUUCCCGUUCAAUUGCCGAUGCAAAGUGUGUAUGUACAAAAUCUUUUGGACAGUAGCGUUCAUCGUAGCAAUCUAAUGAAAACGUUGGAGCUUGAACAUAGCAUCGAAGCGUCAGCAAGGAGCAGAAAUAAGCUGCCAAUUCCUACGACCCAGCAGAUCAUUUCACCUUCAAGACGAAGGAAAAAACGUGCCAGACGAUUGACGGCUCCAGAUGUUACCAAAACAUCCAUCGAGUAUGAGCAUGAAGAAACCGAUUGAAGGAACACAGAAUUAUUGCUAAUUGUUCCCUUAUAGGUUCCCUUGUAACCAUUAUUAUCAAUUCAUCUAGGUAACUAAUCCUCUUCUAAAAUGGUCUAAAUGAUUGUGUCUUGAAUUACCCAGAACGUCAUGUUGUUUAGUCAUCCGUUUUUCAAAUGUCCGUAACAACUCGUGAUGUAUUCCUUGUCGUAGCUAAAUUGAACUUGGAGAAUUUAUCGGUCCCACCAUUGAAAUGUCGUAGAUAGUUGGCAUGUUUUACAAAAAAAAUAUCUAGCUGAUUAUCUAAAAUUAACUAAACGAUCGACACUGGGAUUCUUGUGAUCGUUACGAUUUAUUAAGUAGUGAUUUCUUUAUUUUGGCAUACUAGACUUAUUUUUACCACGUAGUAUUCCAAUAUUCAAAUUCUAGAAAAAACGGUCUGGUCCAGAUGAGACAUCGUUGAUUCAAAUUGACCCCAUCAUUUUUUUUUGCUUCUUAACAACGGUCAGGCCGUAUCAAGACUUAUUUUAUCAUGUAGUAGGAUAGUCAAUCCUCGCUACGAAGGGAUGGUCCGGAUGGGGUUUUCAAUCCGGUUCUGUCGUGUGUACCGCAAACCCCUUCACCAAACUUUUAUUUGUUGAAGAAAUAAUUAAUCCAAAGUGUACCUCAAUAAGACACGGAUUUUAGCUCAAUCGAAACUAAAAUAGUAAAUGAUAUAACAGCGAUAGCCCGAGCUACACUGGUUAAAGUAAUGGACAUACCAAAAACAAAAAGAUUCUUUUAUCAAGCAAAAGCUUUUGAGUCAAAUAAUAUUUUUAAAGUAACUGUUGUUAAGGUAUCUGAUUCCCUCCAUAGAUCAAAUUAAAAGGCUCUUAUAAACAUUAUCCCUUCCUAAAAACAAAUAUAAUUCAGAUUCACAAGUUUAUAACUCACCCAGGAAAUGUUGGGCGGAAUUUCCGGAUGUAUAUUCAUAAAAAAAUUAAAUUAUAAUCUUUAUUCAUUACCCCAUUUAUACAAUAAUAAUUGGUAAUAUCCUAUUUGAUUUACCCGUUUUUUCAGAAUAAGUUUUUUUCCCUUUAAUUACUUAGUCAUACAGGAUAUGUAUAGGAACAAGAAGUUUGGCAGCAAUAUUAAUGAAACGAAGCAAUAUUUGUACCCUAACCAAAUUUAUGCUAAGCUAUAUCAACCAUCGUUUUUCAAAGCAUAACAAAAAAAAUAUUUAAACAUCAAUUAAUUACCUUACCCAUUGUGAAGUACAGAAAUUUAAUGUUUAAAUUAAUCAAUUGUUCUAAAUAAUAAUCGAUAACGCAUCCAAGAAGUUAUCCUUUAGUAUAAGGCAAAGGUAUAAGGUAUAAAGCAAUAAAUGCUAUGAAAAGUAAAAAAUCUAA